AUGUGGACCGUUGGAUAUGUCAUCUCUCAAAUCCCGAGUCAAAUGAUUUGUUACUAUGCCUUACCUGACCUUCCCAGCAACACCAAAGUCAACUGGCUCACACCAGCCGAGAAAGAGCUUGCUUUAUUGAGAAUGAGGAAUGCCGGGAAGCAGCUCGACGAGCCCAUCACGUGGGCUGGUGUUGCGAGAGUGUUGAAGAAGUGGCAUUUCUGGGUGUACACGGCCUACUACACCUUCUUCAUCUGCAGCGAAAAUAUCGGAGGAUACAUGAAUCUCUGA